AUGAUUUUAGUUAGUGAAUAUUGUUUUGCUACUUGUAUCAACAUAUUAUCCACACCUGCAAAAAUGGAUGAUACUUAUUCCAGUAGUUCAAUUGAUAAUUAUUUUUCAAGACUAGUUGAAUUUAAUGAUGAAAGUUUUUUAUCUAGUUCUUUAACAUCUCAAGAUGAGGUUUUAGAAUCACAAGAUCCAGCCCGUGAAUUCUCAUUAAGUAUACAUUUAGUUGACGUGACUGAUAAUGACAAUCUGCCUCUGAAUAUACAAAGUCUCUUAUUUUCAAAUUGGCAACUUUUUAAAAUUUGGAUUGAACAAUUUGCAAAACAAGAAGGGUUUAGUUACAAGAUUCAAACUAGUGAAACAUACAAUAGUGUAGUUCGAAGAGCAAUGAAAGCUGAUAACGGAGAAAUCAACAAUGAAAUUAGAGAAUAUAAAAAUGAUACUCAUCAAAUCCUUCUUAAAUCUCUUGUCGAAAAUAUAUCACAGAAGGCAAUUUUAGAAGUUUGGAAUGCACAUACUACUGGUUUAACUGGAAUCAGACAUUAUGUUAUAUUACUCAAUGAAGAUACUCAUCUAUGUACCUGCCUUCUUCUAAUUAAUAAGAGGUUGGUAUGUCAACACUUCUUUCAUAUAGAAACUUAUUCUCAAUAUGCUACUUUUCAUAUCUUUCUUAUUUCGGCUUGUUGGUAUUUGAAUUGUAAUAUUACACGAGAUGAUCUUUUACAACAAAUUCCUUCUAUCCUAAUAUGCAAAUUUCAACUUAAAAACACUGCACUAUCUGUAAAUAAUGCUACUUUUCAACAUUUUUUCUCUACUCUGCCUAUGCUAUCUAAACCCAAAUUAGUAUCCAACAAAACGAUCUAUGCAGAAUUAUUUGGAUUAUCUAAAAAAGUGAUUGACUUGACUAUUAAAGCUGAUAUGCAAAAGAAACUAUCAAAUACACUCAAGAUUUUUCAUAAUGAUACUCAAGACAGAAUAGAUGAAAAUCAACUGAAUGAUAAUGCCACUGACAUGAAUAAUCCUAAUAUUACUAGACACAAAGAAAGGCCUCCAAAAAUGCUCAAAUCAAGUGUUAAAUAUAAUGGAAAAAAAGUUUUAAGGAAAAGCACAGGUGCUCAUUUAAUGAAUAAUAAUACUUCAAGUAUUAUAGAGGAGGACAUAAAUCAUAGUAAGGGCC